CGUCAAGUAUUUUGUUGAUGUAGAGAUCCCUAUUUAGAUUUACAACAACAUCUCUUUUAUAAAAUAAUGAUGUUUAAUUAGUUAGAUACAACAACAUGGAGUAUUUUCGAAGCGGCUUAAAAUCGGUACUCGGCAGUUCGACGCCUGGGAACCAGCCGACAGGAGCGGAGAUCGUGGAGAGACUGGUGAGCCGGGUGAGCACUUCGACUUUAUUAGAGGAUCGCCGGGACGCCUGCAGGGCCCUAAAGGCCUUAUCAAAGAAGUACAGACUAGAAGUAGGCGCCCAGGGCUUGGAUGUUUUAAAGCAAGUUUUAGAGCUGGAUCGAAGCGAUUGCGAAAUCAUAGGGUACUGUUUAGAUACGCUGUGUAAUAUAACGUCUAAAGAAACGUUCGAAGAAGAAAAUGAGAAUAACAUAAACAUGAACGUAAACGUAGGCGAGCAAUUUACGGAAAUGUUUCUGAAAAAUACCGAUAAUGUGACUUUAAUCCUUAGUUUUUUGGAAGAGUACGAUUUUCGCGUUCGAUGGCCGGCCGUGAGAUUAAUGACGUCUUUGGUGUCCUCGAAACCGAAAGAUGUGCAAGAUAUAAUACUAGUCAGCCCGAUGGGCGUCUCCAAGUUAAUGGAUUUGCUAUUAGAAAAUCGCGAAGUCAUUAGAAAUGACGCCGUACUGUUACUAACCAAUUUAACCAAAUCGAACGCUAACAUGCAAAAGAUAGUAGCGUUCGAGAACGCCUUCGACAGAUUAUUCGACAUAAUCAAAGACGAGGGUCGGACCGACGGAGGAAUCGUCGUCGAAGACUGCCUGCUGCUCAUGCUGAACCUGUUAAAAAACAACAACAGCAACAUCAACUUUUUCCACGAAGGCGCCUACCUGCAGAAAAUCCCGCCCAUGUUCGAACUGCCCUCGAAUUUGGAGGAAAUCGGCUGGAGUCCGCAGAAAAUCUCGAAUUUUUUGUGCGUUUUGCAAUUGAUUCGCACCGUAGUGUCGCCCAACAACUCCGCACAAAUCAUCACGGCUUGCCAAAAAACUAUACGAAAUACGAACUUAUUAGAAGCCUUGAGUAAUAUUUUAAUGGCCAGCGGCGUGCCCGCUGAUAUUCUGACAGAAACUAUUAACGCAGUCGGUGAGGUGAUAAGAGGAAACCUAACAAAUCAAGAAUACUUCGCCAACGUUUUAGCCCCCUCGAAUCCCCCCAGACCAGCCAUCGUGGUACUACUAAUGUCGAUGGUGAACGAGAAACAACCCUUUCCUCUACGAUGCGCCGUUCUCUACUGCUUCGAGUGCUUCCUAUUCAAAAACGAAAUAGGCCAGGAGCUGGUGGUGCAAACCCUGUUGCCCAGCAAUUCGGGCAUGUCGAAUUUAAGCAUGGGCCAAAUAUUGUGCAGCGGCCUGUUCAGCAACGACCACUUGAGCAUCUGGUUUUCGGCGGUGGCCUUGUCCCACUGUUUGAUCGAAAAUCCAGCCCAAAAGGAGCAGCUACUGAGAGUAUUGCUGGCGACCAGCUUGGGCGCGCAGCCCAUCAGUUUGCUGCAACAAAGCGCCGUAUUUUUGCAACACACGAGCAAGCUUCAAGCGAAAUUGGGCAUUAUGAUGCUGCUAGCUCAGUGGAUGUCGUACUCACCGGAAGCUGUUAGGGUAUUUCUAAAUGUACCGGGUUCCAUGGCGUUUCUUACGGCUCAAACAUCCGCUAGCGAAUUCGACAACAACGAAGAAUUAUUACAAGGGUUGUGCGCAUUUCUGAUGGGUUUGUGCGUGCUGUACAACGACAAUUCCAUUCAAAACUAUUCCAAAGAGAACCUCAGUCAGCUGAUAGAGAAGCGAGUAGGCAUCGAUACCUAUUGCAAAAAAUUGGUGGAAAUAUCCAGGCACGAAGUGUACGCCAAAGCCGCCAAGCAACCACAAAUUAAAGCCAAACAUUCCAGCGAGCUUCUAUUAGAGUUCGAAUUCUGCAAACUUCUCAAGUCCCUAGAAGGCGUCAUUAUUCAAGCAUUGGGCGUCCAAAGGGAGCUUUCCAACGGAAUGUCGGAGUUGAGCUUAAACGAGCACGAAAACGCCCUACUUCUACAAUACAAGGAACUCAUCAGGGACCAAGACAAGAAGCUGCAAGACAUGCAAAAGUCUAUUAAUAAUUUGCAAAAAAUCAACCACACAUUAGAGGCACAAAUGAAGGAGCUACAAGACACCAACACCCAACUAACAGACCAAAACACUCUAUUAAAAGCCCAGCUAGCCGUGAAUCCCUCUGUAGUCACAAAUGGACCUAUCCAAGUGGACAGUCCGGUUCAACAUUCGAACGAAUCAGUUCUGUUGGAGAAAAUUAAAAUACUGGAGCAGGAAAAAUCGGAGGCGGAGAACGAGCUGAACAGGGUGAGGAAGGACCAGGACGAUUUGCUGGAACUCAUGACCGAUCAGGAUUCGAAGUUAAACAAUUUCAAACAGCGGUUAAGGGAAUUAGGCGAGACCAUUGAAGACGAUGAUUCGGAUGUUGAAAAUAAUUCUGAAGGUGCGGAGAAUGAAUCGUGAUUAUUAUUUAUGUAAUUGUAAUUAUGCGAAAUGUAUUAUCCUAACGUUUAUUUGGACUGUAGAGAAGGGAGUAUUUCAAAAGCCGGUGGUGCCAUGUGGUCCGAGAAUUUGUAAAAUACUAGGUUUGCAUUUGGUUUUAUAAAUUGUUACAAUUUGAUUUUAAACGAACGCUUGUAAUAUUUGUAAAUAAAAUAAGAG